AUGGUCAAGCAAGCACCGGCGCAAACAAAUAAUUUGGGGUUGGCAACCGAAUCGAACUCCUACAAUAGUAAUAUCGUCCGAUUUCGUGUUGUUUUUGAUUCAUCGAAGCGUUCCACCGAUGGAUAUAGGACGAGGGACGAUCGGAGCAAGCCACAGAUAUGGUGUACAGAUGUUCCCAUUCUGUUCAGACCAUUUCAUGGAUGCUGCCCCGUUAGCUUGAUGGCUUGGCAGACAGGCACAGCGAUAUCCAGAGAUAGAGAGGGACCAGGACGAAAAGGUGUGCUCUUCAAAGCACUGCCUCGCGACCAGGUGUCAUUCACAGGCAAGAAAAACAAUAUUCAAAUUCGUUGA